AUGGCGCCCAAGGUCUUGAACGUCGCUGAGAAGCCCUCCGUCGCGAAGGAGGUGUCUCGCGUGCUCAGCAACGGGUCGGCGCAAUGCGUGGGAGGAGCAAGAUUCAACAGGAACUGGUCCUUCGCCUACAACGUCGCGGGACAGACUUACAAUAUGCUCUUCACCUCUGUGGCCGGGCACCUCAAGGAGAUCGACUUCGCCGACGCGUCAGUCAAGAAGUGGAGGUGGGACACCUUGCCGGCUUUGUUCGACGCAAAUUUGUGCUCCAACGUGCCCAGUAAUCUGAAGGAGGCGGAGCAAAAUUUGAAGGAGCAGGCACGAGAUGCGGCACUGCUCGUCCUGUGGCUGGACUGCGAUAGAGAGGGCGAGGCGAUCGCGUUCGAGGUGAUAGACGUCUGCAAAACGACGAACUGGAACAUCCAGAUCAAACGAGCGAGGUUCUCGGCGCUCGUGCCGGCCGAGCUGCACCGUGCUAUGCAGAACCUGGACGUGCCCCGCGAGAGGGACGCGGCCGCGGUCGCCGCCAGGCAAGAGAUCGACUUGCGGAUCGGCGCGAUCUUCACGCGCGCUCAGACGCUCCUCCUUGGGGACAAGUUCAACUGGUCGGUGCUCCCCGCGCACGCUCGUCCGAACGACGGGCAGUCGCAGAUCAUCUCGUACGGGCCGUGUCAGUUCCCAACACUGUACUUCAUCGUCGCGCGAGCUUGGGAGAUCCAGGCGCACGUACCUGAGGCGUUCUGGACUAUACGAGUGCUGUUCGCGGAGAAGGGGCAACGGUGUGUUUUUGAGUGGCAGCGCGGACGGCUGUACGACAAGGGCGUCGCAGCGGUGCUCAUGGAGGCUUGCGUCGCCGAAGGCACGGCGAGGGUCAUCUCAGUGGACGGCAGAGAGCGCCAGCACUGGCCGCCAUUUCCACUUAGCACCCUUGAGCUCCAGAAACGGGCAACAAGUGCGCUGCGGAUGCCGGGUGCGGAGGUCAUGAAAGUCGCAGAGGAGCUGUACCAGGCGGGCUUCAUUUCGUACCCGCGCACUGAGACGGACCGGUUCUCGAGGGAAACGGACAUCCAGGGCAUCAUCGACGUGCAGAGCCACAACCCCGAGUGGGGUCAGUACGCGCAGGCGCUGCUGGACCCUGCGCAGGACCUGUUCAUGUUUCCAGACAGAGGGCAGAACGAUGACAAGGCGCACCCCCCGAUUCAUCCCACUCGUGCGCCGACGGACGCGGAGCACUCUGGGUGGCCUGUCACCAAGAAGAAACUGUACGAGCUCGUGGCGCGAUCGUUCCUGGCCGCGUGCUCCAAGCCAGCAGUCGGCUUCGAAACCACGAUGCGAAUCGACGUCGCGAACGAGGUCUUCACCGCGAAGGGCCUCAUGGUUCAGCGACGUGCGUGGCUGGAUGUCUACCCCUACUCGUCCUGGGGCGCAGGACCGAACUGGCUGCCGCCACUUCAGCCAGGCAGUGUGUUCACCCCAUCAGAAAUCUCUUUGGAUGAGUCGAAGACGCAACCUCCGCCGAAGUUGUCGGAGCGAGACCUGAUCUCCUUGAUGGAGCGACACGGGAUUGGCACUGAUGCCACCACCGCUGACCACAUCAAAAAGCAGCUCGACAGGGGGUACGCCACGAAGGACGAUGGCACGAUGCAGUUUUGGCCGACGAAGCUGGGCGAGGCGCUGGUCCACGGGUACAUGACCAUGGGGCUGGACAACAUGUACCUCCCGGGGCUGCGCGCGACGAUCGAGUCCAACAUCGACGCGAUCGCCGGCGGGCGGCGCACCAAGCAGCAAGUCCUCGCGGAGGCCAUGCAAGCGUUUCGGCUCAACUUCGCUCAGUUCGACCAGCAGAAGCAUGUCCUGAUGUCGGCCGUCGCAAAGUUCUUCCAGGGCUCCGAAAACACGAACGGACAUCCUGGCGGCGCCGGGAACGCCGUCAUCCUGGGCCCCUGCCGCAGCUCGCCUGAGUGCGGCGGGCAGCUGUGCCUGCACCUGCCCAGCCCGGGACACCAGGGCGUGGUCAGGUGCAGCGCCUACCCGGCGUGCUCCUUCCAUCUCACGUUUCCAAGCUCCCUUCAGGUGCGGUUCAUCGCGGGGAUGUGCAGGUGA